AUGUUUAUCUACUAGGGUUAACCGGAAAUGCGGAAAUGAGGGUAGAAUGAGUGAAAAGAAAAAAUCCGGGAAUUUUUUAAAAAUAAUUUUGGGCCGGCCAUCCAAGCAGACCAGCUCGUUACAGGACUCUCAAAGUGGUUCAAGUUCUCCUAAAGAUGCCAGUUCCAAGACCUGCAAGGGUGGUAAGGUGGAACGAAGAGAGUCAACUCGUCUUCAGAACGCAGCAAAAUUACUCAGAAAUCUCAGCAAAUCUAAGGAUGUACGACAAAUACAGGAUGAUGAGGAUAAGGAUGAGGGUCCUCCUCCCCCCCUGCCUGACAGGAAGAACCCUGUCUACCAAAGCGAAGGAAAAGGGAGAAGAAGAGAGGGGAAGGCAUCAUCUAAACCUGACAGGGAUUCUUCCAAAUAUACAAAAUAAUAAAAAAAAUUCUUA